CAGGAAGUCAACUUCAAGCAGACUUGAACCAGGAGCUCACUUGAGAAGCAUAAGUGUCCAAAAACACUGAGGUUUUUGGGUUCGGUUUGGUUUCGGUUUCUUGGAAAAUACUCAAAUUCCAGCGACUUACAUCUUGUACCCUACUUUCCGGAAACCUGGCGAUCCCAUGUGGACUUCUGGUAGAAUGAGCAAUGCAAAGAGCUGGCUUGGACUCGGCGUGUCCUUGUACUUCUGGGGACUGAUGGAUCUCACCACCAGUGUUCUCUUGGGCACAUCAACACCACGAGGCGAAUUCCAAGUCUUCCUGUCAGACAAGUCACAGUCACACUCUCGAACAAAGAGGAGCUGGGUUUGGAACCAGUUUUUCGUUCUGGAAGAGUACACGGGAACCGACCCUUUGUAUGUCGGCAAGCUCCAUUCAGACAUGGACAGGGGGGAUGGAUCCAUCAAGUACAUCCUCUCUGGAGAAGGUGCAGGGGUCGUGUUUACCAUCGAUGACACCACUGGAGACAUCCACGCCAUUCAGAGGCUUGACCGGGAGGAAAGGGCCCAGUACACUUUGCGGGCUCAAGCCCUAGACAGGCGGACAGGCAGGCCGAUGGAGCCGGAGUCCGAGUUCAUCAUCAAAAUCCAAGACAUCAACGACAAUGAGCCCAAGUUCCUGGACGGACCUUAUGUCGCCACUGUGCCAGAAAUGUCACCUGUGGGGACCUCUGUCAUCCAGGUGACAGCCACGGAUGCCGACGACCCAACCUAUGGCAACAGCGCCCGGGUGGUAUACAGCAUCCUCCAAGGCCAGCCUUACUUUUCUGUGGACUCCAAAACAGGUGUGAUCAGGACAGCGCUUAUGAACAUGGACCGAGAAGCCAAAGAAUACUACGAAGUGAUCAUCCAGGCCAAGGACAUGGGAGGCCAGCUGGGAGGCCUGGCAGGGACGACCACUGUCAACAUCACCCUCUCCGACGUCAAUGACAACCCGCCCCGCUUUCCCCAGAAACAUUACCAGAUGAGCGUGCUGGAAUCAGCCCCUGUCAGCUCCACGGUGGGGAGAGUGUUUGCCAAGGACUUGGACGAAGGCAUUAACGCAGAGAUGAAGUACACGAUCGUGGAUGGGGAUGGUGCUGAUGCCUUCGCCAUUAACACGGACCCCAAUUUCCAAGUUGGCAUCAUAACCGUGAAGAAGCCCCUGAGUUUUGAAAGCAAGAAAAGCUACACCUUGAAAGUGGAGGGAGCCAACCCUCACCUAGAGAUGCGUUUUCUGAGCCUGGGUCCGUUUCAGGACACCACCACGGUGCACAUCAGUGUGGAAGAUGUGGAUGAACCACCUGUGUUUGAACCUGGCUUUUAUUUCGUGGAGGUACCUGAGGACGUGGCGAUUGGAACGACAAUACAGAUCAUUUCUGCCAAGGACCCAGAUGUGACCAACAACUCAAUCAGAUAUUCCAUUGACAGAAGCAGCGACCCUGGAAGAUUCUUCUAUGUUGACAUCACAACAGGUGCCCUGAUGACUGCGAGACCUCUUGACCGGGAAGAGUUUUCCUGGCACAAUAUCACAGUCCUUGCUAUGGAAAUGAACAACCCUUCCCAGGUUGGAAGUGUUUCUGUCACAAUCAAAGUCUUAGAUGUGAAUGACAAUGCUCCCGAGUUCCCCAGAUUCUAUGAAGCUUUUGUCUGUGAGAAUGCCAAAGCCGGGCAGCUGAUCCAGACGGUGAGUGCGGUCGACCAAGAUGACCCUCGCAGCGGUCAACACUUCUACUACAGCUUGGCUCCUGAGGCUGCAAACAACCCCAACUUCACAGUCAGGGACAACCAAGAUAACACCGCCCGGGUCCUCACCAGGAGGUCUGGCUUUCGGCAGCAAGAGCAGAGUGUCUUCUACCUGCCCAUCCUGAUCUCUGACAAUGGACAGCCAAUGCUGAGCAGCACGGGCACACUGACCAUCCAGGUGUGCAGCUGUGACGAUGCCGGCCACGUCCUGUCCUGCAGCCCCGAGGCCUACACGCUCCCAGUCAGCCUGAGCCGGGGCGCCCUCAUCGCCAUCCUGGCCUGCAUCUUCGUCCUCUUGGUGCUGGUGCUGCUCAUUCUGUCCCUGCGGAGGCACCGGAAGCAGCCGUACAUCAUCGACGACGAGGAGAACAUCCACGAGAACAUCGUGCGCUACGACGACGAGGGCGGCGGCGAGGAGGACACCGAGGCAUUCGACAUCGCCGCCAUGUGGAACCCCCGGGAGGCGCAGGCGGGAGGCGCCCCCAAGACGCGGCAGGACAUGCUGCCCGAGAUCGAGAGCCUCUCCCGCUACGUGCCUCAGACGUGCGCCGUCAACAGCACGGUCCACAGCUACGUGCUGGCCAAGCUCUACGAGGCCGACAUGGACCUGUGGGCUCCCCCCUUCGACUCCCUGCAGACCUACAUGUUUGAGGGGGACGGCUCCGUGGCGGGGUCUCUGAGCUCCCUGCAGUCGGCCACGUCGGACUCAGAGCAGAGCUUCGACUUCCUCACAGACUGGGGGCCCCGCUUCCGGAAGCUGGCCGAGCUCUACGGGGCGUCGGAGGGGCCCGCGCCCCUGUGGUGACGGAAGCCGGGAGGCAGGUGCGCGUCCAAAAAGCAGCCGUCUGGCCAGCGGCUUCGCGGAAGAGGUGCAAGCAACCACGUGAGCAAUACUGCGCUGGAGAGUGAGAGUGGGGUGAGCGGGCGAGCAGAGGGCUCUCUCUGGAUCAGCUUUACUUGGUUAGAUUAAGUUAAAGGAUCAAAGGAAACACAGGAAGAGGGGGGCAGAAUCUCCAAAUACCUUUUUAUUUUCUUCUUUUUAACGUCGAGUUCAAGUUUGAGUGCAGCCAGCUCGGCUGUCCUUUGUCCACCCGCCAAAGCCUUGGUCACGUUGCCACCACCGAGAGGCUACGAUCUUGUAACAGAGGUGGCCGUUGAAAGUAGAAAGUUCUACUCUCACAGCCGUGUUUUCUUUUUAAUCUUAUUUUAGUCUCCAUUUAAGAGUUUUGCUGACUCAUCAGACCACACCAAGCAAUCCACGCGAAAGAACACUGAAACGUUCUUCCUCGGUGAAAUUAACCCGCUGGGCCGAGGGUGGAUGGAAUUUCGUUUAACCUUUUUGGGUCAAGGUUAAGGCUGAAUCGACCUUGCAUGGGGGAGGGUGGGGGGUGGGAGAAGGAAGAGGCAUUGACUUUGAGGUCAAGUUUAAUGGCUGAACCAAGAGUUCAUGACAUUGCAGUGAAUCCAAUGCUCUCCAAUUGGAAUGCUCUUGUUCUCUCAGCUCUUUAACGGUGCCCCUGCAAAACAACCGAAGGAAACUAGAAAAUCUGCCUCUUUUGCACUGUAGGUGUCUCUUCCAUGUGCCAAAUGUGAAGAUUAGAUGCUACCAAUGAAAGCCAAAAAAAGAAGUAUCUGAUAAAAGCAUGGGUUAGAGGGCUUUCCUAAUCUGUGUGAGGUCAAUCCAAGGGAUGUUUACAUACUGUAGAUAAUCUACUUGAACAAAAAUCAGUAUUAUAGAGAAUAAAUGGAUGUAAGAAAAUUACAUGUAUAAGUUUUGUAUAUUUGUUAAUAAUUUUGGUAAUAAAUAUGAUGUACUGCAUCUCAGUACCUUAGCACUUCUUUUAAUAAAAGUUAAAUAGAAGG